UGGGUAUGAACAGAGCACUGGCUCGUCGUAGUAUAAAUUGCGUGAUGUUUCGAACAGUUCUGUAGAUAGCAGGCUCUUACCCAAAGCCAGAACUACUUUAUACAGGCCAGUUAGCCAAGCAAUAUACCUUCCUAUCAGGAAGACGCUCAGGUACCAUCUCGAUGUCCUCAAACCCAAUAACCGAAUACGGCUUCGCGGCCGUCCCAGCGUCCGCAACCCAACUUCUCGACGAUCCUACCACCAAGCCCUCGUCGCCACCACCAGCAUACUCAAUCUCUGAUUUCUCCAUCCCAAACACAGCCCUCGCCAAGCGCAUCCAGGCCUACGCAAAGGCGCAUCUCCCCGAAACCACUUACAACCAUAGCUUGCGAGUCUAUUACUUUGGGCAAGCGAUCAGGCAAUACCGUCUCCAACCCAGUGGAGGGUCAGUAUGGGACUUUUCCGACGAGACAUACUUCCUGAGUUGUUUGUUACAUGACAUUGGCACUACGGAAGAAAAUCUGAACAAGACGAGACUCAGUUUUGAGUUUUACGGCGGAUUUCUUGCGCUAGAUGUUCUUCAGCAUGCUGACGACGAUGAUGAUGCAACUGCCAUCGCGCCCAGAGAACAGGCUGAAAGUGUAGCGGAAGCAAUUAUCCGACAUCAGGAUCUUUGUGAGAUUGGCAAGAUUACUGCCGUGGGACAACUGAUUCAGUUGGCGACGAUUUUCGAUAACACCGGAUCUUUCUCUGAUCUCGUACACCAAGAGACCAUUGAGGCUGUGUCGAAGGCGUUCCCCCGAUCGAAAUGGAGUACCUGUUUCACGGACACGAUACACAAGGAGCUUCACUUGAAGCCCUGGGCUCAUACGGCGGCGCUUGGCGAGGAGAAGUUUGUUGGAAAGGUCUUGGGAAAUCGGCUGAUGGCGCCGUAUGAGUAA